UCCAUGUUACUAGAAAGUGGAAAGAAGUGAAGUUGAAGAGGAGAGAGAAAGUGCAGCCAUGGAUUUUGCUCUGAAAACUCAAUAUUCCUUCUUAGUGGCAACUUCUCCGAUUUCCCACCCAAAACUUCGGGGGGGUUUUAUCGUCAGGUGCUCCUCUCCUUCUCCUUCUGUCGCGCCUCCUUCCGGAUUGGUACAGAGACCAUGGAAGGUAGCAGAUGCUAGGCUUGUGCUCCAGGAUGGUUCAAUUUGGAAGGCAAAAUCCUUUGGUGCUUCUGGGACCCAAGUUGGUGAAGUUGUUUUCAAUACUUCAUUGACAGGAUACCAGGAGAUCCUUACUGAUCCUAGUUAUGCUGGUCAAUUUGUGUUGAUGACAAACCCUCACAUUGGGAACACUGGUGUCAAUUUUGAUGACGAAGAAUCUAGACAGUGCUUUUUGGCAGGAUUAGUAAUUAAAAGUUUGAGUUUAAGUACCUCGAAUUGGAGAUGCACAGAGACAUUAGGUGACUAUUUGGCUGCAAGGAACAUAAUGGGGAUAUAUGAUGUUGACACCCGUGCAAUUACUCGGAGAUUGAGGGAAGAUGGAAGCCUUGUUGGCGUGCUGAGCACAGAGCAGCAGAAAACAGAUGAGGAACUUCUAGAACUUUCUCGCACUUGGGAUAUUGUUGGUGUGGAUUUAAUUAGUGGUGUUUCAUGUAAGGCUCCUUAUGAAUGGGUUGAUAGCACAAAAUCAGCGUGGGAGUUUAAUUCUAACGGAAGAAGCCAAGAGAGUUUCAAUGUUGUUGCAUAUGAUUUUGGAAUCAAACAUAAUAUACUAAGGAGAUUGGCAUCCUAUGGGUGUAAAAUUAGCGUUGUUCCGUCAACAUGGCCAGCAUCUGAAACUUUGAAAAUGAAUCCGGAUGGUGUUCUUUUCAGCAAUGGUCCAGGAGACCCGUCUGCAGUUCCUUAUGCUGUUGAAACAGUAAAGGAAAUAAUUGGAAAGGUUCCCGUGUUUGGCAUUUGUAUGGGUCAUCAGCUGCUCGGUCAAGCUUUGGGGGGUAAAACCUUUAAAAUGAAGUUUGGGCACCAUGGUGGGAACCAUCCUGUUCGCAACCUUCGCAAUGGCAGUGUUGAGAUUAGUGCCCAGAAUCACAACUAUGCUGUGGAUCCCGAGUCACUCCCCGAAGGUGUAGAGGUAACUCAUGUGAACUUGAAUGAUGGAAGCUGUGCUGGUCUUGCCUUUCCUGGACAAAAGCUAAUGUCACUUCAAUACCAUCCCGAAGCAUCUCCCGGGCCUCAUGACUCAGAUCUUGUUUUUGCAGAAUUUAUACAACUCAUGAAGCAUAACAGAGGAUGAAUAUGAAGGGUGUUUUUGCACAAGGAACAUAUAUUUAUAUAAUAAUAUUUGAAACUCUAAUUUUUAACCAAACUGCAAGAAAUUGAGCAAACCUCUUUGGCUUCUUCACCCAUUGGUUCUGUUCUGUUGUUGACUAAAAACCCACAGAGCUUCCAGAUUUAUAUACUGAAAAAUUUGGAGAAAUUAUGGAAUCCAAAGAAGUGCGGCCAUGGGAUCAUUUCAUAUCCAAACAUUUGUAAAGAUCAUAAGUUAAUGGUGGAUAAAGAUUUGGAGAAAGAUAUUUCACCACACGUGCACCUGACCUACCUUACCAAACAACACCACACUUUGGAGAUUGGUUUUUUUUUUUUUUUUUUGGUAUGUACACUUUGGAGAUUGAUGUGUUGCUAACACAAUACCUCCUUCGGGUUAAUCCCAACCCUCAAAGUUAUUCUAUUUUUCUACUAUGAAGUUUCAAGUUCGAUUCUC